UGUCUUUUGCCGCCAACAGACCCCAGGUGUAAAGCUCAAUCACUUUGAGAAUGGAAAAGGUAAUUAAGAUUUGUGAUACCAAUAGUGGUUUGAGUGUAUCCUCGCCAGCAGUCAAACAUAAGAGUCAGAUGGACGGUCUAACCGUCUACUUAAAUGGCCAAUCAGACGGCUCAAGUUUUCUAGGCAAGUUGCCUUCAGUGGUGUUGGUAAACAUCUUCAGAUUUGUUGACAACAAAAAUGAGCUGUUAAGGCUAGCGAGUGUGUGUAGAUCUUGGAGGGAUUUGAUUUACACCACGCCUACUUUGUGGAGGAACAUGCACCUCGAGUUCUGCUGCAACUGUAAAUGUUUAAACAGGAAAACAGCUUUCUCGAACGUUAAACGUUUUGGAUGUCACUUGUAUGAGUUGUCGAUUUCAAUAUGUGAACACCACAAAUACCACGUGUUUUGUAACUUUUUGGUCAUUGACUUGCGGAAACUGCUGCUCAGUUUACACCAUUCGACACUAAAGUCUGUAAAAAUUGAUGAUAUAAUAGUUCUGGAAACAUCGUGCAGAACAAUGUCCGGUAUCAGUCGGGAUUUGACGUCCAUGGUGUCAAGACUUGACCGUCUACAAUGUUUCAAGAUGACCAAAUCUCAAUGGCCAAUAGAAGAAGGCAACAAUCUCAUCAACACAGUGCUGACCACGUCCAGAGGAACCCUUCAGUCGCUGGACAUUGACAGGUUCUUCCACACACGCUUGUUGGCUGAGAAACCGGUUAAACUUGACCAACUGACCACUGGUAUCCUAUCUCUCACCCGCUUGACGAAACUUGGGAUUGACUAUAUAUUAUUGACUGAUGACUUCGUGACUUCACUGUCUAGAUCACAUGCAGGACAACUUCAGAAACUGAAACUUAUGGCAAGCGCGGCUAUGAAUCAACUCAUUCCAAAGAUCUCUAGCAACUGUUGGGAGAAGCUGACAGAGGCAUGCCCAGCAAUGAAAGUGGCGUUUUAUGUAGACGGUUGGGUUUUCAACUUUUUGAAUCUAAACCUGGGUAUACUGGACCCCGUGCUGCCCAUCUACAAGAUUCGAAUUUUGAAUUUGGCCAGGUGUUUUACUAUGGCCACAGUGCUCACAUACAUCACUACACACUUCAGUAAGAGUCUGGUACAACUAGAUGGCAACCUGAACAGUUUCAUUGAGACGAUUGAUGCAGACUUUCUAAAUCUUGUGCGAGAAUGUCUACAACUGAUUUAUAUAAACGUCUCUGGAUACUUCCGAAGCCAAACCACUGUACAGACUGCCAUGAGGCUGAUUCGAGAAAGAAAUCGUCGACACAACAUGAAGACGUCACAGGGGCCACCAAACAAACGAGCGAAGACAGGACCGGUCAAUGGCCAACACUCGACCCCGGCCAUUGGCUCACACUCAACCCCGGCCCAUGGCCCACACUCGACCCUCGCCAAUGGCCCACACUCGACCCCGGCCCAUGGCCCACACUCGACCCCGGCCCAUGGCCCACACUCGACCCUAGCCAAUGGCCCACACUCGACCCCGGCCAAUGGCCCACACUCGACCCUGGCCAAUGGCCCACACUCGACCCCGGCCAAUGGCCCACACUCGACCCCAGCCAAUGGCCCACACUCGACCCCGGCCAAUGGCCCAUAUUUGACACCGGCCAAUGGCCCACACUCGACCCCGGCCAAUGGCCCACACUCGACCCCGGCCAAUGGCCCACACUCGACCCCAGCCAAUGGCCCACACUCGACCCCAGCCAAUGACCCACACUCGACCCCGGCCAAUGGCCCACACUCGACCCCAGCCAAUGGCCCACACUCGACCCUAGUCAAUGGCCCACACUCGACCCCAGCCAAUGGCCCACACUCGACCCCAGCCAAUGACACACACUCGAUCCUAGCCAAUGGCCCACACUCGACCCCGGCCAAUGGCCCACAUUCGACCCCGACCAAUGGCCCACACUCGACCCCGGCCAAUUUGGCCGCAGCGAGGUCAAUAUAA